AGCUGUACGCUUCUAUCCAAGUUACUCUGUCAUUCGUGUCCUUGUGUUUCACGAGCGCCAGCACAGCUUUUGCCUGCUCUGUAGCAGAGCGUCCAUGGAAGCACAGCCAGAGGCCAAAAGGCUGUUCCAUUUACCGGUGGAUUCCGAGCACAAGGCCACUGAGUUCCGGCCGUUCUCGCUGUCCCCGCCGCACAUGCGAGCCUUCCACUUGGCAUGGCUCUCCCUCUUCGCCUGCUUCUUCUCCACCUUUUCCAUCCCUCCGCUGCUCGCCGUCAUCCGGCGCGACCUCCGCCUCACCGACGCCGACGUCGGUAAUGCCGGCAUCGCCUCCUUCGCCGGCGCCAUCUUCUCCCGCCUAGCCAUGGGCCCCGUCUGCGAUCUUCUCGGCCCACGAACUGCCAUCGCCGCGCUCUCUCUCCUCACCGCCCCAGUGGUCCUCUCCAUCUCCCUAAUCUCGUCGCCUCAGUCUUUCAUCACAAUUCGCUUUCUCAUAGGCUUCUCGCUCGCGAAUUUCGUGGCCAACCAGUUCUGGAUGAGCUCCAUGUUCUCCGGCUCCGUGGUUGGCCUCGCCAACGGCGUUGCCGCCGGCUGGGCCAACGUCGGAUCCGGCUUCACCCAGCUCAUAAUGCCACUCAUAUACACUCUCAUCACCAAAUUCGACAUCUCAUCUUCCGCCGCUUGGCGUCUGGCUUUUCUACUCCCGGCCACAUUCCAAGCCGUCACUGCCCUCAUGGUCCUGUUCUACGGCCAGGACUUGCCGGACGGGAACUUUGAACGUCCGCAAAAACCGGCGAACAAGCCAAAACAGAAUCUUCUCGAUGAUCUCUUUCAUGGGCUCAAAAACUACCGAGGCUGGAUACUGGGCUUGACAUAUGGGUACAGUUUCGGGGUCGAAUUAACCACGGAUAACAUCAUAGCACAGUACUUCUACAACAGGUUCGACGUGAAUCUACAGACAGCCGGGGCAAUAGCGGCCAGCUUCGGGCUGGCUAAUUGCUUCUCGAGGCCUGCUGGCGGCUUGCUUUCCGACGAGAUGGGACGGAGGUUCGGGAUGAGGGGGAGGUUGUGGAGCUUGUGGGUCGUGCAGACAGUUGCUGGGUUGCUCUGUGUGUUGCUGGGCCGAGUCGACUCCCUGUGUGGCUCCGUGCUUGUCAUGUGCUGCUUUUCCUUCUUUGUUCAGGCAGCUUCUGGCGUCACGUUUGGCGUGGUUCCAUUCGUUUCCAAACGGUCACUGGGAGUGAUAUCAGGGAUGACGGGCAGCGGUGGCACCAUAGGGGCGGUGGCGACGCAGCUGCUGUUGUUUUCCGGCUCCAGCAAGUUGUCGACGGAAACGAGCAUCUCUCUGAUGGGUGUACUGAUGAUUGUGUGCACUCUCUCCGUCGCCCUCAUCUACUUCCCCAAAUGGGGCGGCAUGUUCUGCGGCCCCUCCGUCGGCCGCUAUUCCUCCGGUGAAGAAGAACAAGAUCAUUCCGCUUUGCUUGAUUAAUUAAAUAGGCUUCUUGAUGUGUGGAAAGAGCUUUUAGGGUAACGCCCGGAAUGAUUUCUUUCAGUGUAGUGUUAAAUAAAACCCCUGUGAUGUCACAAAUUGGGAAAACUAGUGCCGUAGUGUAGUAUGCUUAUCUUUUAAUAUAAUAAAUAUGUAAGAAAUUUUCAAUUUUACCA